AUGACCCUGACCCGCAUCCGAGAGGGAGGUCUGUUAGGAUCAAGACAAUACGGAACAACGCCAACAACAACAACAGCAAAGACAACGACAACAUCAUCAUCUGCGAACCCAGCGAACGCCACAAGAUGCGGCUGCAUUUGCCGAGUUUCGACGAAUUACCUCCCGUCGAGGGCAUGCCUCAGGGUUGUGCGUGGGGGGGUUUUCGAUCAUGAUGGCGAGAAGGACGUCUUUGGUACCUUGAAUAUCUUGAAUCCUGAUGUGGUCAAGGCUGCGGCGCAGGAGGUACAGGAUGGAAUUUCCAUUUCGCUGAAUUGGCCCAUCGGGAGCAUCAAGAUCCCUGGCUUUUUCAGGAAGAGUCUCACACACAAGGUCAUGAAACUGGAAGAUCCUUCGGCUAAUUUGCAUUAUGGCUUCGAUGAUGAGGUCGAAUUCAAUACCCAAGCAAGCAGCCAGUGGGACAGUCUUUGCCACUUCAUGCACCUGCCAUCAGGAAAAGCAUACAACGGAGUCACCCCAACAAUCGCCAGGAUGGAAGAUCCCACCGCCGCGACCCAAAAACUACCCACCCUUGACAGCAAGUCCAACCCCAUACCACACAACACAACCAUUUCUAACAUCGACCCAGACUGGCACAAACGCGGCUGCAUAACCGGAAGAGGCGUCUUAAUCGACUUCAAAUCCUACGCCGAAAAAAAGGGAAUCACAUACUCCCCCUUCACAGGCUUCCGAAUCAGCCCAUCCGACAUCGAAGCAGUAGCCGCUUACCAAGGCCUAUCCUUCAAAGAAGGUGAUAUCCUAAUCAUCCGAUUCGGCGUCACAGAAGCACUAGGAAACAUGACGGGCGAAGAACAAGCAGCAGCCAUGGCAAGUUACAGCGUAUGUGGUAUCGAGGGAACAAUUGAGAUGGCACGUUGGCUUUGGAAUCAUCACUUUGCCGCUAUUGCCAGCGACAAUAUCGCGGUUGAAGCUAUGCCGCCUAUGGAAGGUGAGGAGGUUCUUCCUCUCACGAGUCUGGUGCUGCAUCAGUGGUGUCUUGGGCUUUUCGGGAUGCCGUUGGGUGAGUUGUGGGAUUUGAAGGCGUUGGCGGAUGUGUGCGAGGAGAAGAAGAGAUAUUCGUUUCUCCUUACGUCUGCUCCUCUGAAUGUGCCUGGUGCUGUUGGGAGUCCCCCGAAUGCGAUUGCUAUUCUGUGA